CGAAAGAGAGGAAGGAGAGGUGACGCUCCGAACAGCGACCUCACGCGCACUGAGACGCGCAGAGAAGCCGCAGUCUGAUCCAGUAUGGCGCUAUCAAAUGUCCUCGAGACUCCUGCAGCAGGGUUUAAUUUCGACAACGUGGCCAGAAAUGCUGCAUUAGAGGGUCUCUUUGAAGGAGGACAGACACCUAAACCUCUGAAAACAGGCACCACCAUAGCAGGAGUUCUGUUCAAGGAUGGGGUGGUACUGGGAGCAGACACGAGAGCUACUUCCAGUGAGGUGGUGGCCGACAAGAUGUGCGCCAAGAUCCAUUACAUUGCUCCAAAUAUAUAUUGUUGUGGAGCAGGUACAGCAGCAGAUACAAAGAAAACCACAGAGCUCCUCUCCUCCAACCUCACCAUCUUCUCAAUGAACAGUGGGAGGAACCCUCGCGUCGUCAUGGCCGUCAACAUACUACAGGAUAUGUUGUACAGGUAUCGCGGCCAAAUUGGUGCCAAUCUUUUACUGGGAGGAGUGGACUGCACUGGGAAUCACCUGUAUGAAGUCGACCCAUAUGGGAGUGUUGAUAAGGUGCCUUACAUUGCAAUGGGAUCUGGUGAUCUGGCUGCUCUUGGGAUUUUAGAGGACGGGUUCAAACCUGAUUUGGAGCUGGAGAAAGCCAAGGAGCUGGUGCGUGCUGCCAUCCACGCUGGCAUCAUGAGCGACCUCGGCUCAGGCAACAACAUCGACAUCUGUGUCAUCACCAGACGAGGAGUGGACUACAUCAGACCGUACCAGGAUUCUGAGUACAAGGACAACAGGAAAAUGAAGUAUAAAUAUCGUCCAGGCACGACACCGGUUCUCACAGAGAAAGUUGUGCCCUUGAAGCUGGAGGUUGUUCAGGAGACAGUGCAGCAGAUGGAUACAGCCUGAAGCACAAUGCACAAUCACACAAUGUAAACAUCACAACACUUAGCAGUAAACUGAAAAAUCUUUCAUUUCAUUCCAUUAUUACUCACCUGAAUUUAAAUAUAAGAAAUGAAAAAUCUCUGACAUUUUAUUAACACUGUCAGAAUGUUUUCUUCCCUGCUGCUAUGCUUCACUGUGAUGUGGGACAGUUCAGAGAAUCUCUGCUGUUCUGCAGGGAGGCUGCUCCAAGACCAUAAUGAGAGGAUUGUAACACGUUUUAAAAUAUCAAAUAAUAAUAAUAAAAAAUGAAUAAAAUUCAGUUUGAACCCCA